UGGGCUUUAAUCCCUUAUCUCAAAACGUAACCCUCUCCGGAGAAGGUUAACCGUUCAGCAUACGUUACCGUGGUGAUUUACCCCGGUUGGAAGAGAACCAGCUUCGUGGGACAGAAACCCCAGAGUUGAAUCUGAACUUACCCCGAUAACCGCAAAUCUUCCUUCGUAGUACAGACCCCGGAAGAGAGAAAACUAAAGUAUUUAGGCUAGCUGUCAUUGUCGCGCAUGCGCAGUAGCAGUUGUUUUGGUUAGUCGGCCAUGGAACUAAUGUUCUAAUAAUACACCUGCGUUGUUGUUGUUGUUGUUGUCUGUGGGUAAAAGUAUAUAAUUUACCUCUUCCGGGUAAAUUAUGUCGGUGAAGCACGUCCUCUCCCGCGGGCUGGAGUUCGGCCGCUGCGUCUGUCAGCUGGGUUUCCUCAAAUCCGCCGGCCGGGUGGUCGCGGGGAAUCUGCGGGCGGCCCCGCCGGUGCGCACCGUCCAGGCCCGGGCUUUCCUGCCGACUCGCUACCGCUACUACCGCACCUCGCUGGGCGGCCUGGCCGCGCGGCUGCAGUCCGCCGCCGUCUGGAGGAGGUUCGCCGGCGGCUCCCCGCGGAACAGGUCCGUGCUCCUGGCCUUCGGUGUCGGCGUGGGCCUCAUCGAACAACAGCUGGAGGACGAGCGAGGGAGUGCGGCGGCAUGUCAGGAGAUCCAGGCCGUGUUCAGGAAGAAAAGAUUCCAGAGCCCACUCAAGCAAUUCGCCUCCGGAUACAAACUGGAGGAUUACAAAAUCGGGAACCGGAUUGGGAAAGGCUCCCACGCUGUCGUGUACGAGGCUGCGGCUCAAUUCGCCCCUGUGACGGAAAGCGGCGGCAAGUCACGCCAGAGAGAAGAGGACUUCCCCCUGGCUAUCAAGAUGAUGUGGAACUUUGGGGCUGGUUCUUUGAGCGAGGCGAUAUUGAAAUCCAUGUCCCAGGAGCUGGUGCCUGCAGCGCCCCGUGCCGUAAAGCAGGAGAAAGAACAAAUGACUCUGGAUGGACAAUUUGGAGUCCAGCCCAAAAGAAUGUCGGUGCAUCCUAAUGUGAUCAGAGUGUACCGCGCUUUCACAGCGGACGUCCCACCGCUACCCGGUGCCCGGGAGCAGCAUCCGGACGACAGCGCCGGUCUGGGCAACAACCGCACUCUUUUCGUGGUCAUGAAGAACUAUCCGUGCACGCUGCGACUCUUCCUGGAGGUGACCACACCGAGCCACAGGGUGGGCGCUCUGAUGCUGCUGCAGCUGCUGGAGGGGGUCGACCAUCUGUGCCGACAGGGCGUCGCCCACAGAGAUCUCAAGUCCGACAACGUGCUGUUGGAAUUCGACUCGGGUUACUGCCCUCGUUUAGUGAUCGCUGAUUUCGGCAGCUGCCUGGCCCAGAGGGACUCGAGUCUACAGCUGCCCUUCAGUGGUGCGUGGGUGGACAGAGGAGGGAGCGCUUCGCUUAUGGCGCCCGAGGUGGCCACUGCAGUUCCAGGAUCUGGUGUGGUGAUUGACUACAGCAGAGCGGAUGCCUGGGCCGUGGGCGCCAUCGCCUACGAGAUAUUCGGCCAGCGCAACCCGUUCGACGGAGCGGUGGGACUGGAGAGCAGGAGUUACGAGGAGAAGCAGCUUCCUCCGCUGCCCGCCGCUGUUCCGGCCGAUGUCCAGUCGGUGAUCCGACUGCUCCUCAGGAGGAAGCCGAGCAAGCGCCCCAGUGCCCGUGUCGCAGCCGACAUGCUGCACCUCAGCCUCUGGGGACGAAAGGCCCUGGUCGGUCACGACAGUGCGGGCAUGAGGAAGCUGGCUGAUUGGCUGCUGUGCCAGUCCGCUGUGGUUCUGCUGAGGGGCUGUAGCGGACCGAAGGGGGACAGCGUGGAGGCGGAGCUCCAGAGGUGCUUCCUGUCCAACCUGGAGCUGGAGGACCUGCGCACUGCUGCGGGCUUCCUGCUGUACGGAUGAGAGUGGUGUAAGGCCUGCACACUGUCUGCACACUCAAACACGUGGAUAGACGGGGGAGCUAGUGUCAUAUUCAACAAAUCUAUAUUUGAAAUAUGUAGAGGCUUAGCCUUAACAUCUGCUUCGUAGAGGAGCAACGGCCCUGUGCUCUUACACUUUCAGCAUUUAUUGUGAAUUGUCAAAUUAGUGUCAUUUGCAGCUGAAGUCAGUUUCCCAGAAUGAAUUCUCAGAAAUGUGUGAACUUGUUUUCACUCAUCAUCAUCAGCUUGAUUUUAGCAAUUUCCAGGUCUGGAUAACUCAGGAAAAAAUGAAAAGAAUAUUUGUGUUUCCAAACGUGAAUCCAAAGAUUUAAGUAUAUUAACGAUCUGUCCUAAUCUCUCUAGUCUGGUGAAUCAUUUUCCACGGUCGCCAUAGCAACACACUCUCUGUACCUGCCACUGCCACUACGGUAUUUAGUUCAAAUAUGACUAUGACAGGCGGACGGAUACUGUAAGUAGUUCCUAUCAACCAGGCAUUAUUGAUCUAUUGAUCGACACUGCACACAUUUUUUGUCCAUCAAACUCAUUAAUCCACUGGUUUCCUGCGGGUGUAUUUGUACGGUUUAGGGUCAAACAAUCACUUCUACCUUCGUUCUCCUGUUUUGCACAACAUGUAAAAAUGUCCCUCCAUCAUUUUACUACUUAAUUUUCAUGAUGAUGAUGAUGAGGCUUUUUUCAGUCUUGUGGUUUGCACUUUAUCUCCCUGUUUGCACUUGCUUUUGUUGCUAGUUUAUAUAUAUAUAUAAUACAGCUCAUAUUCUGGUAUAUCUAUUUGAAGGAUUUGAAUAGAUGGUGAUGAUUCAACCCUUUCACUUCAUCUUUAAUCAAAACCAGUCUGUUAAUUCUACAAUUUCAGCACCUUUAAGUACAGUAUCACAUAAUCAUGUGGUCAGUUUGAGAGAAAAAGUUUUUAAAAUGGUGGGAAAAUAGUUUUUAAUGCUAAAAAAAUAUAUUUUGGGAUGUACAGUAUGUAGACCUUUCUGCUGUGUUUCGGAAAUAAAGGCAUCUGUGCGAAAAGUU